ACACAAGAAUGUGGGGACUGGCGAGACGUACAUCGUAACAUCAAGCGCAUGGACCAACUCUAUGAUGCGACCUUUUAUACAUGGCUCAAAUCUGAAGAUAACGUUCUUGUCACUGCCAUGUAUCUGCAUCGUAUCGCGAACGAGUAUCCCUUGGAACGCAUUGCCAAUGCACUGAAAUGGCUUGUAUCCGAUUGGCGUUGGGAAAGCACCAGUAUCUUGGUCCGCCAUGUGACCGUGGACUGGUGUGAUAAGGAUGGU